AUGAUCAACGGUGGCGAUGAUGUUAUCAAUAAUAGUCCAUUCCUCUUACAUUCAAAAGUUUGUGAAAACAAUCUUAAUGAAGUAGUUAGAUUACUUAAAAUAACAUUCUAUCGUGAUAAUAUUGAUCUUAGAGAUCUACAUGGUUAUCCUGCAUCUCACUAUGCUAUACAUUUUGGAUAUAAAGAAAUAUUACAAAUAUUAUUACAAAAUGGAGCAGAUCCUACCAAGAAGAGUUUAGCAGGUUGGUCAUGUAUGCAAGAGGCUCUCGGUAGAUGUGAUAAAGAGUUGGUUGCUAUCAUUCUACACGCUACUAAAUUGAAAAUACAUAAUGAAUUCAAGAAAAGAAUACCAAAUCUAUUAAGUGCUUUAAAUAAUAUUCCUGAUUUUGAGAUGGAUUUGAAAUGGGAAUUCAAAAGUUGGGUACCACUUGUUAGUAGAUUCUGUCCAUAUGAUAAUUAUAAAAUCUAUAAGAGAGGAUCUUCAUUUAGAGUGAAUACAACAAUUACAGGUAUCGAGGGUAUUACAUUCAAGAGAGGUGAAUUAUCUUUUAUUUUCAAUGGUGAACAACAGAAACUAUAUUCAGUUGAUUUUGGAAAGAAACAAUAUGCUGAAUUAUCAUUGGCCAAGGCAACGGAUGCCAAAGCUGUGGAAGAAGAGGAAGUCGACAUCCUGUUGAGUGUAAAGAAUAUCAAUAGAGUAAAGUUAUUACAGGAUCAAAUUGUUUUCUCACCUUCAAAGUCUUGGUUUGGCAAUGAAAAGUUUGAGCGUAUUGGUGAUAAUCAUGGAUGGAAUGCAAAGAUCUACAAUGUCUCUGGUAUAGAUUUAAAGAUAAUGUCAAGAAAGAAUCGUUUGGCAAAUGGAAAUGGAAAAGAAAAAGAUAAGGAUAAGGAAAAGGAUAAAGAGAUUUGUGAUUAUGAGACCAAUACUACUACUACAACGACAACAACAACUACAACCACCACCUCCUCUAAUGAAAUUACACCUACAUCAUCAACUGAUAUUCAUCAUCAUUUUCAAAGAAGAAAGGAUCUAAAGAUCAGAGAGAGCUCUAUGAAGAGUAAGAUUAUGACAAAAGACUACUUUGCAGUACCACAGAAUUUCGAUUUGAAGUAUCAUAUCGAUAAUAUCGAUAAAUCAAAGAUAAAGGAGACCGGUUUGUUGUGUGAAGGCGAAUCUGUCAGUGUUAAAAGUAAAAACUUUGAGGGAACUAUUUGGAUAUCAGAUGAGUUUCCAAGAAAGAUUACAGAUUUACUACCGAUAUUCGAAGUUUUGACACCAACCAACAAAUUAUUCAGUCGAUUGAAUGAGUUUGUGUCACUAAAGUUCCCAUCGGAUGGAUUCCCAGUGAAACUCGAUUUCCCUGUUGUACCAACCAUCACAGCAACAGUGACAUUCCAAAACUAUGUAGAGAGAGAAGAUAUCAAGCCAGAUUUGUUUGAGGUUCCAAGAGACUUUGUAAAGAAGAAGAGACUUACAAAUUAA